GUGUUUUUUUAUUCAAAAGUAAUUGUGAAAGGAGAAAAAAAAUGGUCGAAUCAGGAUCAGUUCAAGUUGCUGCCGUUCCAACUGCAGCAAAAAUCAAGGCACCAAAAGCGAAGAAGCCAGCAUCAAAGCCAAAUCAUCCGCCAACUUCGCAAUUGGUCAACGAUGCCAUACAGGCGUUGAAAGAACGUAGCGGUUCAUCGUUGCAAGCUAUCAAAAAGUACAUCGCCCUAAACAACAAGGUCGAUGCUGAUAAAUUGUCACCAUUUAUCAAAAAGUACUUGAAGAAAGGAACAGCAAGUGGUUAUUUGGUGCAAACCAAAGGCAAAGGCGCAAGCGGUUCAUUCAAAUUGUCGGCUGCAUCGCUCAAACCAAAAGUCGUAAAGAAGAAGAAGCCCGUGGUAAAGAAGGCUGGAGCUAAAAAGCCAAAAACAACCAAGGCCAAGAAAUCCAUCAAGGUAAAGGUUGCUUCGAAACAAAAGUCGCGUAAACCAACUGCGAAAAAAGUAAAAGCACCCAAACCGAAGAAAGCUCAAGCUAAAAAACCAGUCACCGCUGCUAAGAAACCAAAGCCAGCAGCCAAGUAAAUUCAUCCAUUCAAUACUCAAUACCAAUGAAUGGUAUUUACUUCAAAUAGCCCCAAUUAAUUAAUUGGGGCACCAAAUCGUGACUUAUGAAGAAUUUUUUUAAAAAAUCCACCAAAUUUUUAUUUGAUUUGUUUUUUUCAAAGUUUAUUGAUUUUUUCAAAUUCUUUAUAAUAAAUUAUUUAUUGGUCCUAAAAAGGACCGUUUUUUUUGUGUUGUUCUUUUGUUGUCCAAUUGAAGUUUAGGUUUUUUUCAUCGUGUGUUGUGAUGAUUAAAAGCGUUUAACCUCCGAAACCGUACAAAGUUCGGCCUUGACGUUUCAAUGCAUACACAACAUCCAUGGCGGUGACUGUCUUACGUUUGGCGUGUUCGGUGUAGGUGACGGCAUCACGGAUGACAUUUUCCAGAAAAACUUUUAAUACACCACGCGUCUCCUCAUAAAUCAAUCCAGAGAUACGUUUUACACCACCACGACGGGCCAGACGACGGAUGGCUGGCUUUGUAAUGCCUUGAAUGUUAUCGCGCAAUACUUUACGAUGACGUUUUGCUCCACCUUUUCCUAAACCUUUUCCCCCCUUUCCGCGUCCAGUCAUUUUUGCUCGUAGUGUUACUUCAGCUCACAGUGACAAUAGAAACAAUACUGAUUAAUGGCACCGAUGGUGCACUCUAUUUAUACGUUUCACUUGAAAUGAAUUCCCCACCACUAAAUUCACGACGCGUCAUAGAUUUCCCCUCAAAACUGUGUGAAGACGACCAAAACAACGAUUGAAGCUUUUUCGUUUUCUUUUUAAACCAAAAAUCGAUUUCAAUUUCAAAUAAAAAUUAGAACAAUCAUUUUAUAUAUGGAAUUUUCACAUAUAAUAUUCAAAAUUACACAAAAUAAUUCACAUGGAAAUAUUCAAAAAUACAAGUAAAAGCUAUCUUUGACACCAUGCCCCUGAAUGAUGCGAAUUUGCAUACAAUUUAAAGAAAAAUCAAAAUUGCACAUAAUGUCGGGUAUUUAAAUGAAGUUCCUAUGAAAAUUAAUCAAAUUUAAAAACAUUUUCCAUAUAGCUUAAGGGGGUCAAUAGAAAUUUGAAUUAAUAAAUUAGAAAAAUUACCAUAUACUUUCACAUCGGUGAUUUGACAGACAAACAACUUUAUUUUACGUGGCUGGUUCGGUAGGGAACGUACUCGUUUGAUAUACCAAAUGCCCACCCAUACAAGCGCAAUUUUUCCAAUAGACAAAUAAUAUGUCACACACAAUCGACUCUUAUACAUAUUCUCCAUUUGAUAAUUGACUUACUUUUUUCUCGGCAAAAUCGAUAUUCGCUCAAAUUUUUGAAAUAAAAAUGAUCGUUGAAUUUUAA